AUAGUGAAGCAGCGUGUGAAGGCCCAUCGUGGACAUACUAUAGAAGUUGGGGGAAUAACUUUAGAGAUAAGAAUUUUGUCAGAUUCGGAGUUGCCUAUGGUUGAUGCUGCAGAAACAGUGGGCUCACUUUCAACUUCAUUUUCUCCAAACUUUUGGCCCCUUCAGAAUGAUUUUAAAAACAAGCAUGGCCAUGAAAGUGCUAGAAAAAAGAUAUUUCUUGAGGUCUCUGCCACCUUGAAUACUGACUUGCUCACUAAAGAGCAGAGAAAUCAGGUGAUCUCUGUAUGUCACACCUUAAAAAUAGACAAAAUGUCAAGUCAUCUUGGUAUUGAAAAAGUGGUGGGACAGUAUGAGGAUAUUGAAAAGUUACACAGUCAUUUUGAGAAGCUUCUUAGAGACCAUGAUGACAGUGAACUUUUGCAACCUAAAAAGCAGGACAAUUGUGUUGAAGGAAAGGAAGAUCACAACAGACGAAACAGGAGUGAUUUAGAAGAACUGGCCAAGAUGGAAGUUCCUUCAGGUAUCUUUGAGUAUUUUGGACAAGCCUACAAGGAAGAAAUUAAAAAAAUCGAGGAGACGUUCACUGUAAAAUUAGAAACAGGCAACACUGAGAAUGGAAUUACUUCUAUCUGGUUUUCUUCAAUGGGGGUACCUAACUUUACUAAGAAAGCUCAGGAGGAGUUUGUCCUUCUUUUUCAGAAAGUAGCAGGAGAUCUAAAACAGGAAACAUUUCCUUUCAUUGACAGCCAGACAUGUGAGGUGAUAAAAAGCAAAUGCAAACACCUUAUUAUUAAAAUUAUUAAGGACACAGCUAUACUUCAAGGCCCCACAAAGGACGUUUCAGAUGCAAUGGCAUUGUUAAAUGAAAUGACAGCAAACAGCUGGAAUAAAAAAAAUCAUCCCCAUGCACAGCCAUCUGGCAUUGAAGUUAACACUGCGGUAUUUGCAUUUCUCAAACCAAAGUUAAAUCCGAUGAUUGAAUUAAUAAACAACCACUAUUGUACUAGAAUGGAAGAGAAACAUUGUCAUGGUGAUCAGUUAACACGCAUCAUUUUUAUGCCCCAAUCAUAUGCACCUGCAGAUCGUUCUUCACAAGCUUCUGAGCAAUUUCAGUACGAGUACCUGAUAUAUUUAGAAACACCACAAAUGAAAGAAAUUCGUUUGGAAUUUGUGGAGGAUUGGAAAAGAAAAUGGAAGGAUUUAUUUAAAUGUUUCCAACAUGAACAUCCCAAAGUAGAACUGUGCCUAAAGGAAAACAACCUGCUCAUUUAUGGUCUUCCUGAAGACAUACUGCUUGCUGAGAAGCACAUCAUGGAGUCUCUGAAUACUGAGGGAUUUGUAGCUAUAAAUAAGGAAGCAAUGGCCAUUCCUGAUUCCAGUGUUGGGACUGCCACAGGUGCCUCCUUUGGCUCACCAAGAUGUCCCAAAAUGCAGCAGGUUCUUUCUCGAGAGCAGCCAGUAGGGAAGGCAACGGAAGUCCAACCAGAUGAAGUUUGUCCCACGUGCCUGAAUACAAUCCACCAGAAAGUAGUGCUACCCAAAUGCAAGCAUGCAUUUUGUGCAAUAUGUGCACAAAUGGCAAUGGAUUAUGGAAACGGCUGUCCUGUGUGCAACCCAGGCUAUUGGAAGCAAAAAGGAAAUCAUCCCACAGAGCAACCAAUUGGACCCGUAAACAGUGAAGCAACAGCCAUUCCUGAUUCCAGUGUUAUGGCUGCCACAGGCACAUCCUUUGAGUCCCAAAGAUAUCACAAAAUGCAGCAGGUUCCUUCUCAGGAGCCGCCAGUAGGGAAGGCAUCGGAAGUCCAGCAAGAGGAGUGCUGUCCCAUCUGCCUGAAUAAAAUCUACCAGAAAAAAUUGCUACCCAAAUGCAAGCAUGCAUUUUGUGCAUCCUGCAUAGAAACAGCAAUGAAUUACAAGCCAGUCUGCCCUUUGUGCAAUGUUGUCUAUGGGAAUAUAAAAGGAAAUCAGCCCCCAGGGAAAAUGGAAAUCUCCAAAACUAGAAGUUCCCUGCCUGGUCAUCAGAAUUCUGGAACCAUCACUAUUAAUUACCAUAUAUUUGGCGGCAUUCAAACAGUAAGUUGGAGCAACAGUAUGAUGUUUCUGUGCCAUAAUUAGUCACCCUCUUGUGUUUCAGUUUUUUAAAAAAAUAUUUUACAUGCCAAGGAAAUAAUGUAAUAGUAAUUCAGUUGGGAGCAUACAAGCAAGAGAUCUAAAAAUCUUUAGAAGUCUUCUAAACAUCUAUGCAGAGGCUAGAAUGGAGUGCAUACCCACCUGCUAUUAUGUCCUCUCUAGAGUUGAACAUGCACCAGUAGUGAUGGCGCAUCCAUGGCCAAAUACUCUGAACCAUGAUUAUCAUAGGAUAGUGGUAAUGCAAAUGGUGGAUGGGAUUUUAAUCUCUCCCUGGGUUCGUUUUCACAAUUCAAAUUGCCCACUAUUCAGUCACUCCAUUUCUCCUAAUAGUCUGCCUGUUGUACCAAAGAUCUUUCUUUUUUAUAGGAAAGAGGUCUUCAGUCUUGGAUAGGAGUGAAAGUCUGGUUGCAACCACCCCACCAUAUUUGCCACAUUUGCUUGAAAUGCCAAAGACUAUGUUGGCCCAAGAUAUUUAAUUGGGUUCUGUUAGAGGCUAGUUUUCUUAUUUUUUGGCAGGCAUGCU